AUGUGUUCUAUAAAGAUCAUUUGCUCAAUAGUCUUUUUUCUAUUGUCAUUGAGCAAUAUUUAUUGUGACAAGGAUGCAGACAUUAAUACUCUUCAACAACUAAUCAGCAGUUUAAGUAAUGCACAAAAAGAAAAAAUUUUUCAAUCACUUUUGGAAAAUUCAAAUCAAGGUCGACAAGAUAAUUCAAACUGGUGUUGUAAUACGGAUCCUGGUGUUGAAGCUACAGCAAAAACUCGUCAAACAACUUAUUACGUUCAACGACAUGCACGCAACAAAUGUGGUUAUAGUAGUUGCAAUCUAUUUGGUUGGGGAAGCUGUACACGUUGGUGUGAUACAUAUUGGUCAGAAAUGCAACAUGGCGUUGAAACAUAUAUUGUUUAUACGCCACGUUUAUGUCCAGCAGGAAAUCUUGUUUGUUGUGCUGGUUAUAUAACAGUUAUCAAUCAUUGCUUUACCUAUCAAGAAGUUAUGAAUAACAAAGAUGUUUUAGAAAUACUUGUUUCUAUGGGUAUUUCUAUUAAUCCAACAAUGGGUUAA